UCCAAAAGCCCAAACUUGCCCAAACCACCCAUACUACAUUACCGUCUUAAUAUUUGAGCAGGAAAAAAAAAAAAAAGAAAAACAAAAAAAUUGAUAGAUAAGCCAAAGUAUUGAAAAAAUUAAAAAAUAAAAAAUGGCGAGCCCCUCUCUCCACUUUCCUCCGCGGAUCUACACCUCGAGUUUGAGCCCAAUCAGAGCUUCCUCCAACGGGCGGGUUCCGCUGCCGAGGGGCGCGAGAUCCGGGGGUGGGGGGCCGGCGGUCGUGGAGAUACCGCUGGAGCAGAUACGGCGGCCGCUGAUGCGCACCCGCGCCAACGAUCCCGCCAAAGUCUGCCAGCUCAUGGACAGCAUCCGCCAGAUCGGCCUCCAAGAACCCAUCGACGUUCUGGAGGUUGACGGAGUUUACUAUGGUUUUUCGGGAUGUCACCGGUUCGAGGCUCAUCAGCGUCUCGGUCUCCCCACCAUCCGUUGUAAAGUGCGCCGUGGGACGAAGGAAACUCUAAGGCAUCACAUGAGAUGAGUUGCGGCAGAGCUAAUGCGUAUUGUCGAAAUCGAACCUGUGAUGGACAUGAAAUAUUUAUUCCUAGGGCAAUAGUUUUUCCUCUUUUUUGGUUCAACAUACUCUCUUGUGUGCGCCAUUUUGGCGAGUAUAUGUAAUUGUGUGACAGAAUAGCAGUUAUUGCAGUCCAUAACCACUAUUUAGUGCGGUUUGAAGGAGAAAAAUUACCUUCUGUUUGCGAAUUUUGUCUUGUAAUUUGGAAGCAAAAUUAUCUACAAUCCUUAUUUUUUGAGGAGUCUUUCACAAA